UCUUCCGCUUUUCCGAGCAUCAGUUCUUCGCAGACUCCAGCGAGUGGCUGGCGCGAAAUGACGACGACGACGACGUUUGCUACCGAGAAGAAGCACUUCUAGUGAAUCAGAAUCGGUCGGUGGUCGCGCGUCGUUCCUGAUUGACCGGAACGAUCUGGUGAAAUCAUCCUGUCUAGAAUCAUCCGGUGGUGGUGACAAUCGGGAAGAAAAUUGUAUCCCCCGCACGUGGAUUCUGUGUAUGUGUGCGGGAGUGUAAGUGUCGAAGAGCGAGAGGAAAAUCAAACAACGAAAACCUUAUCCCAGAUUGCGACAAUCCCCGGAACGCUGGAGGGCCGAAGCGACGACCGCCGGCGCAGCAGCAGCAGCAGCCGCGAGGAAGGACGAGAAAGUUACUUGACCCACUACCGGAACAACGACAAGAACAUGGCAGAUCAGACCACCGGCCGGCAGCUGCAGCGGAUUCUGCACUACUCAGUGACCCCCUGCCGGCCCCUGCUCGGGCUCCGGCGCAACGAAUGUGCAUUAUACGACGUCGACUGUGAUGAAGUUUACCCUAGGCUGUACAUUGGCGAUGUAGAAUCAGCCAGAAACAAGCAGUAUUUACGAUUGAUUGGAAUCACACACGUGCUGAAUACGGCCGAAGGGACACGCUUCGGUCAGGUGGACACCGGUCACAGCUACUAUCGGGACAUGUCCGGUGUGAGUUGCACUUUCAGGUACAUGGGCUUCCCGUUGGUUGAUCAGCCUUCGACGGACAUCAGCCGGUACUUCUACAUCGCGUCCAAGUUCAUCGAGAACGGCAUCAACAGUGGAGGCAAAGUGCUCGUCCACUGCAUGAUGGGCAUGUCGCGUUCGGCGACCUGCGUCCUGGCCUACCUGAUGAUCGCCCGCAAGAUGUCCGCCGCCGAAGCGAUCCGAACGGUGCGAAUGCACCGCGACAUCCGGCCUAACGAGGGCUUCCUGCAGCAGCUGGCCGAUCUGGACAACGAGCUGAAACGGGACCGACUGUAUUAUUGACUCGAGUGUGGCCAACGUUUCCGGCGGAAAUAGCGGUCCCGGACCAACUGAAUUCCCGUGCAUAAUUUCUCCGGAUCCGGAUCAUUUUCCUCCCUCGUUUUUUGAUAAGCACCGCAUAAUCUUAUUCCACCUCAUUAUUAUUGACAAGUCAUUAAUCGCAGAAAAGAUAUUAAUAAUAUGUAUUCAUUCAUAUGCUGGGUGGAUGCGCUGGAAGUGGAAAAAAGUUGGCUUUCCUGGGAAAGUAGAUUCGAGCUAGAUUUAUGAGAUUUUUCUACGGCUUAGCAGAAGAUUGUUACGUUACUAUAUGUAGAGGAAUGUAGAGACAGAGAGCUUAUAAGUUUUAGCGUUCUCCGACGUCAGGAAAGCAGAGAAGGAACAUGGAAUGAUCUCAGUUUCAUAACAUCACAAAACCGAAAAAGCAACCGAAAACAGAUUCACGAGAUAUAUUUAUACACAUAUACUGAUGUUAGUAUGAUUUAUUUUGGUUCCACUGGAAUCCACUGUCUCUAGCUGGUAAGGGACAAAUCUGGAAGUAAAUCACCGAGCAAAAGAAAUUCAAACAGAACACACGAAGCACACUUACAAAGGGGGAAAACCCCGACCAUUGUUGGGAUGGUAGGAUUUUAUUGAAAAUAGCAAACCAAGCUGAAACGACACAGUACCAUAUAUGCAGCAAUAUAGUACCAUCUGCUAUCUGUCAUACCUGCCUGCCCCCAUCCCCGCUACAAUGACAUUCACUCGCGUAUUUACAAUUGACACUGGAACGACUAUAAAAAAGAACUCCCGAAUACGAAUCUUCCUACAUACAUGCAGAACGCCAGGAUCGAGCCGAAAGAAGCCAAAGAACGGGGAACGGAAAAGUUGUUAAACACUGAGAGGGAGCAUAUAAUCAAAUGAACCUAGAAGAAUGUGAUUGCGAUUGGUUUUUAUGGAUCUGAGCGGUUUGUUGUUUAGUCGGGUUUUUAGAAAUCAGAGUCGUAAAAAAGCGCUAGGAAGUUAUCGAAAGGAAUACGUUUUGAUUCGUAGCACACCAAUAUAUACUAUAUACAAUACAACAUACACAAACGAAAACACAAAACCAAUAUUACCCAAGUGAGAGAUUUAACAAAUGGCAAAAACAACAAAACACACAUGUGAGGUUUUAGAAAAGAUAAGUGAAAGUUUGAGGAUGAAAUCAGAAGAGUAAGCAAAUAUAUAUUACCAGAGAGAAUAAAAAGAGAAUUCAUUAAAAAUUUUAUUAGAUCGAAUAAACAAUAUAAAAAAAAAACAAACCACAAACGAUUAACAUGGAUAGCAUGAAUAAAAGUAUAACUUUAAUUGAGAAAUCUUUCAA